UAUGAAACACUGUAUUUAAGGAGACAUUCUGACUAAGCAGUAAAAGGUGUAUUGGACUCUCAUAGUUGUGACAGAUGAUGGUUCUUUUUCACAUUAUACUUUUCUUUACGGUAGUAAAGAUAGACAAAACUUUAGGAAAUUAUUGCAAUUAUUCCCAAACACGAUAUGUGCGGACAUACAAGCAUUGUGGAUUAUGGAGCUGGGGUAGAUGUAACACAUACAGACCCUAUCAACAUUAUUACCAGGCUUGUUGUAGCGGCUGGAUGGGUCACCAGUGUUCGACACCCAUAUGCAGCAAUCCCUGUGCGAAUGGUGGAUCUUGCAUUGGUCCUGAACGUUGCAAAUGUCCGUCCGCAUUAUCAGGAGAACAAUGUACAACAAAGGUAUGCUCACACGUUGCCCCAUGUUACCCUGGAACAUGUAGCUACCCACAUCACUGCAACUGUUUUAAUGGUUUUAGUGAUUCAGGCAGGGGUUGCCUUUCAUUUUCACGUGCAAACAACCCUCCCGACAUAACCGAAUGUGAGAUAACAUUAGCAAAAAUGCGAAGAACCGAUCAGAGACAACAGUUCAAUUACAGCAUGCCUUGUUCAGAUGGUCAAGGAACAGAUACAGUUUGGUGUAAUCAGCAAUUAUUUAACUAUGCAAAGUUUUCUAUGAAAUCUAAAUACUCAUCGAUACCAAACUUGCCACCAGCGCCGUCGUAUAUUUCUUCUUACGGCUUUGGGAUAGUUUAUAAUGGAAUUCAUGUCCAGCAUACUAAAUUUCCUAGGCCUGACGAUAACAACCGACGACAUGUUGCUUUCAAUAUAACCUACACUUGCAACGAAAUAUCCGACAGGUCACCAGCGACAAGUAUUGUCCCAUGUAACAAAAUUGAAGAAAAUUACAAGAUUAAUAUUGAACAUGGCGACUUCUUUACCGUGACAUAUUCUACUAAGAGCGGUGGCUACCGGCAGUUAUAUAACAGGGAUACAGGUAGGGAUUACUCAAGGCAGAUAUACAACGGACAAACCACCAGCAAAACUAUUGAGUUCAAGUUUGAUUUCAUAGCACCGACCCAUUGUUCUGAGCCUCAUUCCCGAAUUAAAUGUAAUAACGGAGAUAAACCGAUCGAUGUUGGAGAUGACAUAACAGAGAAUCCGAUUCAACUUCGUUGGGAUGGCUGGUCGGACACAUUGUCCGGAAUUGCUUACUACUACCUUGAGAUCUUCAAACUGGAACCAAAUAUCAAUGGCUACCUUACAGAACUUGAGCCAUUAAAACCUAUAUAUUCACUUAAGACGAAUAAAACAUCCUCUAUAAAUUUUCCGACAUAUUACCCUCCACAAACUGGAAUGUAUUCAAUUCUACUGCAAGCAUCAGACAAGGCGAACAAUUCAAAGAUUGCUCGGCGGUUGGUUCUAUAUGACAAUGAUUCGAUGAUAACACUGACAAAACCCGGCUUUAUUUCGGAUAAGCCUAUGAAUGUGUCAGAAAUGUCAUUAGGUGAUGGUGGUAUGCACAUUACAAGUGCAAUACCGGAAACUGGUUACAUGUGGCAGACCUCUAAAAAUGGAACGAAAACCCGCAUCGUAUUGAACUGGGAAAAUCACUUCGUCAACAAGAUAUAUGAGGAUGAAAAGUUGUUAAAUAAGGUUUUGAAUUACCCCACACAAUUUGCAGAUCUGCAAGAUGAUGGUAUUCUUAGAAGUAAAAAGUAUGUUAAAUUACCGGAUAAUGAAGGAGCAAGAACUCUCAAUGCUAUUCCAAACAAACAUGGUAUUGUCAAAUUUGAAAUCAAUCGAGUCCUCGGAGACGAUAGGGAGGUCCCAAAAACAGGAUGGAUAACUCAUGAUUUGACGGAAAAGUAUGAAUUAACAGAAACACUAGACGAUGGAAGUCAUAUUCGAUUUUGGGUACGAGCUACUGACAUAAUGAAUCAUACUUUAGCAGAUUACACAGAAGUGCACAUUGACAACACACCACCUAGGGUAGCUGACGAAAACCUAAAAGAAAAUAUUGCAAAUAGAACAUACACGCACACAUCAAGGAUAACUUUUAAGGCGUCAGAUGGCGACAGUGGUGUACACCGCAUAGACUACGCGUUAUUUGUCGAAAACCGUACAGAUGAACAAGGAAGCGGGAAAAUUCCAGCAAAUUAUAGAAAAAAUGCAUCUGUAGCUUGCAACUCUGACCCCUCUUGUCACUGUGUAAUGGAAACCUGUUUUCUCGUACCUCAGACGCUGGAUAUUGAUAAUUGCUGGUUUCUCGUGCCAAAGGAAGAUUUGAAUAAAUCUGCAAGAAUCGACGUCAUAGUCUAUAACCAGGCCCUCCUUUAUCAGGCAUUCUCAGUAAAUAUAAACCGAUUAACAGAUUUAAAUGGUCUGGAGGAAUAUUCUGGUCCGUCAAAUAUUCGUGUGGAAAAGAAUCUUGCUUCAGGCGUACGGCUUGUUUGGGAUUUACCUAAAACUGCAUCCUGCUACGGAAGAGCUGAUAUUGGUGUCAUCUUGAUGAAUUCGGAUGGAAGCGUUAGAGUUGUAAAGGUUUAUAACGAAGGAAACUCAAUUGAUCUGGUUGGACUUGAACCGGAUAAAGAGUACAGUAUUUCAUUGAAACUCGGAUAUAAGGGCACAGAAUUGGCAGCGCUUCCUUAUACAUUUAAAACUGGUAAAUGUAUGAUAUUUGUACUAUCAUAUCAUGUAAUAUCAUCAUUAUUUGUUUCUUUAAUUGCAGCUCCAAAGGAAAACUAUAUCUCAGGUGUUGUCAUAGCAGGAAUUAUUGCCAGUGUGUUGGUGAUAAUCGGUAUACUCAUCGCAAUAUUUGUAAUACUAUUAAAGAGAGGUCAUAUGAAGCCUGUUCAAAGAGGGUUGGCAGCGAUGUCCGUAAAAUAUCGCAAAUCUAUGGCUGUAGUAAGGACGAUGGCAACAUAUAAUGAUUAUGUAACAGGGAACAGUAAUGCAGACUCAUUGUAUAUGUAUGGGGAGAUGGAUUUCAAAGACAUUCAAAACUGGCAAAUGGGACGAGAUGACGUCAUUUUUAGGAGUUUACUGAAAUCUGGCAAUUUUGCCGACAUUCAUCUUGCAAAAUUAAGAUCAUCAAACAGGACAGUGGUAGCGAAAACUCUUAAACAGAAUCACUCCGAACAAGAUAAAUUUCUGAUGAAGGCGAAGAUCAAUUAUAAUUCCACUGAGGUUGGACAGAAUGAAAAUGUACUUCGCUUUAUUGGUGCAGUCAUCUCUGAAACAGAAAUUGGGCCAUUUAUAAUCUACGAAUAUUGUGCGAAUGGACAAAUGCGUGACUAUCUGGAGACUAUGAAGAAUAAUCUUACUGUUGAGACACUAGAGCAGCAACUCAAAUUUGGACUUGGAGUGGCACGUGGGAUGGAUUAUCUUGCACAAAGGAAAAUUGUACACCGGCGUCUAGCUGCCCGGAACGUGCUGCUUGAUUCUGAUCUUACAACGAAGGUCACCGGAUUCGGUCCUCAAUCCGCCAAAAAGAAUGGUGACUUUGGAAACACAAAGAAAAUGGAGGGGGUUCAUUUGAAGUGGAUGGCACCUGAGUGCCUGAAGUUUACAGCUGGUGCCACAGAAGAAAGUGACGUAUGGUCAUUUGGUGUUGUGUUAUGGGAAAUAUUCUCUUUCGGUGAAAGUCCGUAUGGCACUAUAAGAGGUCGGGAACUCCAAGCAAAGCUAAAAGGUGGCUAUAGACUACCAAAACCAGAACAAUGUGAUGACAAAUGGUAUGGUGUUAUGAAGCAGGCUUGGUCGGAAGAUCCGAAGAAUAGACCUAGCUUCAAAGAGAUAAGGAAUACACUAGAUAUUCGUGACGGCACCCACUGACAAUUGCUAUUACAGUAACUACAGAAAGUAGAUACAACCGGUCUAUGCUAUAUGCUUAACGUAGUGAUUUACAACAAUAGAGUAAAAUAAUGAAAGAAAAACUUAUUUUCUUCGGCUGUUUCUUUUAUAAACUUUUACUGUUUUGUGAAAUAAGCAUGACUAAUAUUCCUUUAGUAUGUGUUUCUUUAGCGGAAUCAUUUGAUUUGAUUUGAUGUUGAAAGUAACAAUGUUUCAGAGAGUUAUAAUGAAUCAUGGUGAACAUAUUUUAUACAAUACGUGUUUUUGCCUUUUUUAUAUGAAAAGUCAUAUAUUGUUAACAGCCAGACUCUUGAGCAGAUAUUGUAUAAUUACUUUGGUAUUGAUUCACUUCACCCUCGUUGCAAAUCCAGUUUCCUUUCUUUUUAGACUGUUUGUGCUAUUUAUUAUAUUCCUGAUUGUAAGCAAUAUUCUCGCUUUAAACAUGUUCAACAAUAUCUAUUACAAAUAUCUUAUACUUCAAAUUCUUAUAUAUUCCCUAGCAGUUGACCAGUGGAAACAAACAACAUAUAGUUUUUAAAUAUUUGAUUUAUUAAGUAAUUGUUUUGUAUUCAUGACCAGAAAGUUAGAAUACUGGGGAAUAUACUUCUUUUAGAAAAUUGCAAUUCCCAUGAAUUAUAACGUUGGUCAAAUCACCCUUUGGAAUUUAAAGACUAACUCUUUUAAAUGACAUUAAAUUUUUUAUAUUUAGUUUUUCAAAGUUAACAUUGCAAAGGGCUCAUGCUUUUACUACAUAUAACUUUGUAAAACUAUAACGCCAUCAUGGUUAUUGCAUAGAAUUAUAUUUGAAGACCAUU